GCUGCGGGUUGGAGAGCCAAGGCCUUUGAAGAUCUGGAAUCGCCUAGCUUCGGGGAACAGUGAGGGCUGUAUGGUGCUGAGUGCGAAGAGGGAGUAGGACAGUCAAAAGCCAGCCGGCAAGAGUUUUUCUUACUCUCGUGGCGCGUGGUGGGGCCAGCGGCUGAACACGCUGGGCGGCUUUUUGCUGACGGCCGAAGGUUUCCUGUCACAGGAAGUUGGGCCAGGCCACUGGGAAAGAGAAGGGAAGGAACCAUGAGAAAGCGGUGACGGCCCCCCGCCCGUAAGUGACUGUCACAUCCAGUGAGUUGAAUGUAGCGGCCCGGAGGUGCUCCGCCGCCCGCACGGGCUAGACCGUUGGGUUUCCCGCACAGGUGAGACGAGGAGGAGCAAGAUCCAGACUCCAGUGAAAGAAAACAGAGGUUGGAAGCUGAGCUAUCUCCAGAUCUAGUUUCUCCAGGGAUUUGUUUUAUAAAGCAAUGGGAAAUCCAGAAAACAUAGAAGAUGUAUACAUUGCUGUCAUUCGUCCAAAGAAUACUGCCAGUCUCAAUUCUCGGGAAUACAGAGCUAAGUCGUAUGAAAUUUUGUUGCAUGAAGUUCCCAUUGAAGGACAGAAAAAAAAGAGAAAGAAAGUUUUGCUAGAAACUAAACUUCAAGGCAACAGUGAAGUAACUCAAGGCAUAUUGGAUUAUGUAGUAGAAACCACCAAACCAAUUUCUCCUGCAAACCAGGGUAUCAGAGGAAAACGAGUGGUACUCAUGAAGAAAUUUCCUCUGGAUGGGGAGAAGAUGGGCAGGGAAGCUGCAUUGUUUAUUGUACCAUCAGUCGUCAAAGAUAAUACUAAAUAUACAUAUACUCCAGGAUGCCCAAUUUUUUACUGCUUACAAGACAUUAUGCGAGUCUGUAGUGAAUCCAGCUCUCACUUUGCUACACUUACAGCAAGGAUGUUAAUAGCCUUGGAUAAGUGGUUAGAUGAACGUCAUGCACAGUCUCACUUUAUUCCAGCUCUAUUUCGACCAUCUCCUCUUGAACGGAUAAAAACUAAUGUCAUAAACCCUGCAUAUGCAACUGAAUCAGGUCAGACAGAAAAUUCACUUCAUAUGGGCUAUAGUGCACUAGAAAUAAAGAGCAAAAUGUUAGCCCUAGAGAAAGCAGAUACCUGUAUUUACAAUCCUUUGUUUGGAUCAGAUCUUCAGUAUACAAACCGGGUAGAUAAAGUGGUAAUAAAUCCAUACUUUGGUCUAGGAGCUCCAGACUACUCAAAAAUCCAAAUUCCCAAACAGGAAAAAUGGCAGAGAAGCAUGAGCAGUGUCACAGAAGACAAGGAACGACAAUGGGUAGAUGAUUUUCCUCUCCAUCGAAGUGCCUGUGAAGGAGAUUCAGAACUACUAAGCCAUCUUCUCAAUGAAAGAUUUUCAGUCAACCAGUUAGAUAGUGACCACUGGGCGCCCAUUCAUUAUGCAUGCUGGUAUGGAAAAGCUGAGGCUACUCGCAUAUUGUUAGAGAAAGGAAAGUGCAAUCCAAACCUUUUAAAUGGACAGCUUAGUUCUCCCCUUCAUUUUGCUGCUGGUGGAGGACAUGCUGAAAUAGUACAGAUUCUCCUAAGCCAUCCAGAAGUUGACAGACACAUAACAGACCAACAAGGGCGAUCCCCUUUAAAUAUUUGUGAAGAAAACAAACAGAAUAACUGGGAAGAAGCUGCAAAAUUGUUGAAAGAAGCCAUUAACAAACCCUAUGAAAAAGUUCGAAUAUACAGAAUGGAUGGAUCAUACCGUUCUGUUGAACUGAAACAUGGAAAUAAUACUACAGUUCAGCAGAUAAUGGAAGGAAUGCGUCUUUCUCAAGAAACACAGCAAUAUUUCACUAUUUGGAUCUGUUCAGAAAACCUCAGCCUUCAACUCAAGCCUUAUCAUAAACCCUUGCAACAUGUUCAUGACUGGCCAGAAAUACUUGUUGAAUUGACUAAUUUGGAUCCCCAAAGGGAAACACCACAGCUUUUCCUAAGAAGAGAUGUGAGACUUCCUUUGGAAGUUGAAAAAAAGAUUGAAGACCCACUAGCUAUUCUUAUUCUCUUUGACGAAGCCAGAUAUAAUUUACUGAAGGGCUUUUAUACAGCUUCUGAUGCUAAACUGAUAACACUGGCAAGUCUACUGUUGCAAAUAGUUUAUGGAAAUUAUGAGAGUAAGAAACACAAGCAAGGUUUCCUGAAUGAAGAAAAUCUAAAAUCCAUUGUACCUAUUACCAAAUUGAAAAGUAAGGCACCUCAUUGGACAAAUCGAAUACUUCAUGAAUACAAGAAUCUUAGUACAAGUGAGGGUGUCAGUAAAGAAAUGCAUCACCUUCAGCGCAUGUUCUUACAGAAUUGUUGGGAAAUUCCUACAUAUGGAGCAGCUUUUUUCACAGGACAGAUAUUUACCAAGGCAAGCCCCAGCAAUCAUAAAGUCAUCCCUGUGUAUGUAGGAGUGAAUAUAAAAGGACUUCAUCUCCUUAACAUGGAAACCAAGGCUUUGCUUAUAAGUCUUAAAUAUGGUUGUUUUAUGUGGCAGUUGGGAGAUGCUGGUACAUGUUUUCAGAUCCACAGUAUGGAAAACAAAAUGAGUUUUAUAGUACACACAAAACAGGCUGGCCUUGUGGUAAAACUAUUAAUGAAACUAAAUGGACAGUUAAUCCCCACUGAAAGAAAUUCAUGAGAGGAGAGCAGCUGAUACUUAAGCCACCACAUUUUGUGAUGCAGAUUUUUUCCAUGAAAGAUUUCUUCAACUAUUACUUUUAACAAGGCAUUUAGUCUCUUGUAAUAUAUAUGUAUACUUCUAUAUUGUACAGAAUCUGUACUUAUGUUUGGUGUGUAAUAUACCAACUAGUUUUAUAUUAUAUUCUCAUAAGCUAUUCUAAUUUUUUAGAAAAACACAAAAGGUAUAGAUUGAUAGUCCGCAUAACAUUAGAUAAAAUAAUAACCUUUAUAAAAGUUAUUUUUGGUAAAUGGUAAAGAAUUUGAAGUGGAAUGUGAUGAAAUUAAACUAUAGCUUUGGUAUUACUGUGUCAUUUCAAAAUAUACUGAAAGUAACAUGAUUUAAAUAAAGAAAAUUGUUUUCUACUUAAACCAUAUAACACUGUUUAAAACAUUUUUUUAAAAAUCUAUGAACAUUUUCCAACAUGUUUUUAGAAGUCUUAGUUAAAAUGUAUAUUUGGCAUAAGUUGAUAUUUCUCAAAAGUAUAGUGCUUGAACCUGCUGCAUCAUAAUUACUUGGGUACCUCUUUAAAUGAAGAAUUCAGGGACUCAGUCUAGAAAAUUCAUUCAUUCUCUGGAAGUAGCAAGACCUGGGAAUCUUUUCUUAAGCUUUGGUUCAUUUUCUGUUGAAAUAAUUUAGACCCAAAAAUGAAUUUUAAUUACUAAAGUUAAGUAAAUUACAUAAAACUGCCUGGGACACAGCACACUCAUACACAGACACACAGAUUAUGGGACAGUAUCUGGAUAUUAGUUGCAUUUAUUAAGUACGUGUGUUUUAUGAGUUGGCUUAAUGAUUAUUUAUAUUUUCUUUACAUUAUAGGAAGUAGAUCACAAAAUACCUGCUCGUUUCAUUUAGAGGAGUACUGGUAUCAUAGAUGGAGGAGCUAACUUCAUUAAUCUGCCAUUUCAUAAUCUUAGAAACUAGUCUUUCAAGGUAGGACAUUGAUUAUGUUCUAAUAGAUACAAUAGUCACAUUUAAAGUUAUCCUAUGGAUUGCAGAUAAUUUUUCUACAGCAUCAUUUUACUCUUCCCAUUAAUUUUGCUUAUUUUUAAAGGUGCUGUAAGCCUUAUCAAAAUUAAGAUUAUAUGGCUAAGUAAAUUCACUGACAAAGCCUGAUCAUCAAAUUAUCUUUAAUUCUGUGCUAAGCACUUUUGAUUCUACAUAAACAACGUCCUGUUCAGUGUUAUCCAUUCCAGUGGCCUCAACUGUUACCAAAUACCCUGUUGACUCCCAAACCUAAAACUUCAGCAACUUCUCUUCUGAACUCUAGAUCUUAAUUUCCAAUUUUCUGCUAUUCUAGCUCCAUUUAAAUGGCCUACACAAGGAACUUCUGUUUCAUCAGAGCUAGAAACAGAAUUUGUUUUCUCUACUCCAUUCUGUUCUUCCUUUUGUAUUCUCAGGUUAAAGAUAUCAUCACAUUGCAUCCAUUUGCUUAGCCUAGAAAUCCUGGAUGGAUCUUCUUCAACUUCUCCCACUUUUAUCACCUUACACAUUCCAUUUAUCGAGCUCCGUCCAGUGUUUUGUGAGUUCUUUAUCAUUCCCUUUCUCCCUGGUUGCACUGCAACCACCCUACUUCACGUCCUUGCCAUCUGCUCCUGGGCUCACUGUAGCUUCCUCUCUGGCCUCCCCUGACUCAAGCUCUGUGCCCCGCACACCUCUGCCACAGUGGUGCCAAGUUCACCUUUCUCAUAGAUCUGAUUAUUUCAUUACCUUCUGAAAACCUUUCAUGGUUCCUCAUUCCUCACUACCUGCAGAAUUAAAUUCCAGUUUCUUAGUAUUGACUGUAAGGCCCCUACUACUCUAACCUGCCUAUCCAGAUUAAUUUCUAACCAUUUUGCCCAUGCUCAUCCUGUGCUCCAACCCCGUAUUUCCUAACCCUGUAAUCACAUGGGGAAUUUUAAUACUUUACGACUCAAUAAUUUUAGGGUGGAACCCAAGCAUUUCUGUUCUUAAGUAUCCCAUGUGAUUCUGAUGUAUAGCUAAGUUUUAGAACUGCUUUUAUAGCCAACGUUAAUGAAAUUUUCACAGAGGAAGGUGAGGAAGCAAUGAUAGACUACAUUAGACAACUCCCUGCUCCAUAAAAUGUAUCCUCUUGGGGUUACACAGUAUGGCAGUCCUCUAGAGAAAGGAAGAGGAGACUCUUAGAGUGGAUGGCUAUUAAAGGCUUAAAAAUAUAUAAAAUUAAAAAGUGAAUUUUCAAAUACAGUACUGAGGAAAGAAAACUGAUUAUUAUCUACCAGACCAUAAGCUAGAAGUAAACAAUAGUGGAGAAAUUGAAAUAGCUUUUAAUGAGAAAUAAAACCAGAACAGCUAACACUGCAAAUGAUAAAUGUAUUAGAAAACCUUAACAAAUCUUGUAAGAUUAAAAGUUGCCAAAAUUGACCCCGCAAAAUUAGUCUUGGUAGAAAUAUUUAACAAAGUAAAACUGUCCAUAGUUCUUGACCAAAUUAAAUAGGAGAAUUGCUUCAAUAAAAUUUACAUUUUAAUUUGAUCCUGAGAAACUCAUUGGCAAAAACAGUAAUUGGAAGAAUUUGAUGUGUGCGAAAACUGAUGAAUCAAUUCCUUGUUUAUAAUUUAUAUAGAGAAAACACUUCCAAUAAAAAUAAUUUCAGUAAAAUGAAAAGGGAAUUAAUUUUUUUUGCUGUAUUGUGUAGAAAACUAACCAAAUUUAAGUUGAUGUGAGUGCAUGCAAAAAAUACUUUCUCAACAAAAAAUCCAUCUAUGAUAUGAUUCUCAUUUAAAGUUUCUAUUCAUAAAGUCAGCCUUAAGGCUAUUUGGAGCGACAGGGGUGGGCAGACUGAAAAGGCCCUAAAGCAAAAGAGGGUUAAGCCCUGGGGGUUCUUAGAGACCAGAGGGCUUGAGGCAAAGAAAUAUCUUUCAGACAUUUUGGGGUAUAAGUGAGAAAAGUAAUUCCAAUAUAUUGUGCUAAUUUCUAUGAAAGAAUGAAGUGCUGGUUGUUCACGAUUCCUGGAAAGGCUCCAAGUAUGGGUGGGAAAUUAGGGACUUACUUUCCUAUUAGUUAAAUAAACUUUGACUUGUGUAUGAUUCCUACUCAUAAUAGUAAUAGCUAAUACUUAAAGUGGUGCUUCCUAUAUUCCUGGCAUUGUUUGAAGCACUUUUAGAUAUAUUAAUUCAUUUAAUCUUUAUAACAAUCACAUGAGGCAAAUACUAUUAUUCCCAUUUUACAGAUGAAGAUAACAGUUAAGUCACUUGCCAACCAAAACAAGUGGUGGAGCUGAGAUUCAUAUGAAGGCAGUCUGGCUCCAGAGUAUAAGUAAUCACAUACAUGAUGUAUGGUUGUAAUAAAAACAAAGCAAAAUACUUGUUUUCUACCAUUCAAAAAGCUUAGGCACCAAACUUCCUAACAGUGCUGAGAAUUUUUUCAUCUUUUUAUAUUUUAAAACUUUGAAAAUAAUUGUGUAUGGAGAGGUUAUGUUACUUGUCUGAGGUCAAAAACAAGUAAGUGAUGGAUUCAGAAUUCAAAAUCUGGCAGUCUGGCUUCUGUAUUUAGACAGUCAGGUAAAGUAGAAGUAGCAGGAGAGGUUUAAAAAAAAAGGACCAAAUCUUGAAGGAUGUUGUUCCCUGCUAAUGAGGAGUCAUUGGAGGCUUUAGGACUCGACUAGCUCAGAUUUAAGUGGAAAGGUCACCCUGGGCCAAUGUAUAGAAGGGCUCAAAGGGGGGGUUCACCAGUUACCCACAUUAUUAAAUCCUCACCACAACUAGAGCAAUUACUAUCUGUCAACAUAGAAAGAUGAUACAGAAUCAUUGGCUAUAGUCUCCAUGGUGUCCUACCAUCCUGAUGACCAACUUUAUAUUAUGAUUGAGAAUUUUUGUGUCCCUUAAUCCCCCACCCUUCCCCCAUGGUAACCACCAGUCACUUAACAGUGUCUAUGAGUCUGCUGCUAUUUUAUUCAUUUUGUUUUGUUUUGUUCUUGGAUUCCAGAAAUAAGUGAAAUCAUAUGGUAUUUGUCUUUUUCUGUCAGGUUUAUUUCACUUAGCAUAAUACCCUCUGGGUCCAUCCAUGUUGUCACAAAUGGCAGGAUUUCUUUUUUUUUAUGGCUGAAUAAUAUUCCAUUGUGUAUGUAUACCACAUCUUCUUUAUCCAUUCAUCUGUUUAUGGACAUUUUGGUUGCUUCUAUAUCUUGACUAUUGCAAAUGCAGCAAUAAACAUAGGGGUGCCUAUAUCUUUUUUAAUCAGAUUUUUUUUCCUUUGGGUAAAUUCCUUUAAGUGGAAUUACUGGGUCACAUGGUAUUUCUGUUUUCAGUUUUUUGAGGAACCUCCAUAUUGCUUUCCGCAAUGGCUGCAAUUUACAUUCCCAGCAACAGUGUAGGAGGGUUCCCAUUUCGCCACAUCCUCAUUUGUGGAUAUUUUUUAAAUGUGUAUCAUGAGAGAUAAGAAGUGUUUAAAAUGCCUUUUAAGUGUACACAACAAAAAGGAAAGCAAAAGAGUCAGGGAAUUUAGAACAACUAGAUGUGAUAGGAAUACAAAAUAGCACAACAGUUUGAAAAGCAGUUUGGUAGUUUCUAAGUUAAAUAUACACCUAUUAUAGGACUAUAGUCAUCCAUUUCUAGGUAUUUAUCCAAGAAACAAAAGCUUGUGUUCACAUAAAAAUCUGUAUGAAAAUGUUUAUGCGAUAUGUUUUCCAUUUUUUCAUAAUUAAUAAUGAAAUGUAACUAUUCAUAAUUGCCCCAAACUGGAAACAACUGAAAUAUCCUUCAACAGGUUGAAUAAUUGAAUGAAUAAACACUCAGAGCCAUUCAUACAAUGGAGUACUACUCAGCACAAAAGGAGCAAACUAUUGAUGAACUAUAUGGAUGAAUUACAAAUACAUUAGUUAACUGAAAGAAGCCAGACUUCAAGAGGGUUAUAUCAUAGCAUUGCAUUUAGAUGACAUUCUGGAAAAGGCAAAAGCUAUAGGGUUACAAAGCAAAUAGUCGUUAUCAAAGACAGAGGAUGGCAGUGAGGGGAUAUAGGAACAUAAAGGGGCAGCACGAAGAAAUUUGGGGGGGCAGGGUAAAAGAACUGCUCUUACCCUGAUUGUGAUUGACAAAUCUCACAAAACCUACAUCAAAAAAAGGAAUUUUACUGUACAUAAAUUUUAAAAGUACAUUUAAGAAUCACAACUUGCUAUACAAAAGUUUUGAAAAUUUACCAAAAAUAUAUAAAGAUUUAAUAAGUUGGAGAAAGACAAACACUGUAUGAUUUCACUUCUAUAAAUAACCUGAAAAACAAACAAAUCCAAAGGGCAAAAAAAGAAAACCAAACCAGAAACAGACUCACAAAUACAGAGAAAAUGAUGAUUGCUAAUUGGAUGUGGAGAAUAGGCAAAAU